GGAGCAGAGGCAGAGAGAGGAACACACAGAGCGAGUCACAGAUUGCGGGGAUCCUUCAGUGGCUUUUUUUCACUUGCAUGAACACAAUCGCAGACCCCCCCAGGAUCUAAAGAUGUGGACAGAAGUCGGGAAGCUUGUGCUAUUACAUUUGUUACUCAUGGAGCUCCAUUGCGCAAAAGGAACUGAUAAGGAGUCGGAGUGUGAAACUGGGCAGUUUCAGUGCAAGAACGGACGGUGCAUCCCGACCCUGUGGAGAUGUGACGAUGAUGAUGAUUGCUCAGACAGCAGCGACGAGGAGAACUGUCCAAAGAAGACAUGCGCUACCACAGACUUUGCCUGUAAGAAUGGACAGUGUGUCCCCGCUAGGUGGCGCUGUGAUGGAGAACCGGAGUGUGCAGACGGUUCAGACGAGGCUGAUGCAAUCUGCAGCCGACAGACCUGUCCACCAGAGAAGUUUGAUUGCGGAGGGGCUGCCAGCAAAUGCGUUUCGUUGUCAUGGCGAUGCGACGGAGAGAGGGACUGUGAGAACGGGGCAGAUGAGGAGCAGUGCGCUGCAGAUGCCAAGGCCUGCCCCUCCAAAGAUUUCCAGUGCCACAAUGGGAAGUGCGUGGCCCCAAUCUUUGUGUGUGAUGGAGACGACGACUGCGGGGAUGCCAGCGAUGAAGAGAAGUGCACGGCUCCCACCUGCGGCCAGCAAGAGUUCCGCUGCAAUGACUCCGAGUGCAUCCCCGCUCUGUGGAGCUGCGAUGGCGACCCGGACUGCAAGGACAAGUCGGACGAGUCCAUGGAGCGCUGCAGCCGGAGGACAGAGCCCCAGAAACCUCGCUGCCCGGUGGGCGAGUUCCAGUGUGGGAGCGGGGAGUGCGUCCACAUGAACUGGAAGUGAGAUGGAGACGCGGACUGCAAGGAUAAAUCGGAUGAAGCAAACUGUCCCCUGCUUACGUGUCGACCUGAUGAGUUCCAGUGUGGUGAUGGAUCCUGUAUCCACGGCACCAAACAGUGUAAUAAAGUUCACGACUGUCCGGACUACAGCGAUGAAGCUGGCUGUGUCAACGUCACAAAGUGCGACGGGCCAAGAAAGUUCCGCUGUAAGAACGGGGAGUGUAUUGACAGCAGCAAGGUGUGUGACAAUGUGAAAGACUGCAAGGACUGGUCUGAUGAACCCAUGAAGGAGUGCGGCCUGAAUGAGUGUGCAGACAGCAAUGGCGGCUGCUCCCACAUCUGCAGGGACCGCAGAAUUGGUUAUGAGUGUGACUGUCCGUCUGGGUACAAACUCCUGGACAAAAAGACUUGUGGAGACAUAGACGAAUGUGAGAACCCAGAUGCCUGCAGUCAGAUCUGCAUCAACUACAAAGGAGAUUAUAAGUGUGAAUGCUACGAAGGCUACGAGAUGGACCCUGCCUCCAAGACCUGCAAGGCCGUGGGAAAGAGUCCAUACCUGAUGUUCACCAACCGUCACGAGAUCCGUCGCAUUGACCUGCUGAAGAGUGAAUACACACAGGUGGUGCCCACGCUGAAGAACGCAGUGGCCCUGGACGUAGACGUUGCCACCAACAAGAUGUUCUGGUGUGAUCUAUAUCAUCGUAAAAUAUACAGUGCUUACAUCAACAAGGCCAGUGACUCAUCCCAGCAGGUGACUCUCAUCGAUUCGCUCCAUUCCCCCGAGGGUCUGGCUGUCGACUGGGUGCACAAGAACAUCUACUGGACCGACUCUGGCAACAAGAGCGUCUCUGUCGCCACGGGAGACGGCAGAAAGAGAAAAGUCCUGAUAGCCACCGAGCUUAGCGAGCCGCGGGCUAUCGCAGUCGAUCCACACCAAGGGUUUAUGUACUGGUCAGACUGGGGAGGUCAGGCCAAAAUUGAGAAGGCUGGGAUGAACGGGGUGGACCGACAAGUUCUGGUGUCUGAACACAUCGAAUGGCCCAACGGAAUCACUCUGGACUUGUCUAACAGACGUCUCUACUGGGUGGACUCCAAGCUGCACCUGCUGUCCAGUGUGGAUCUGAAUGGGGAUAACCGCAAAGUGCUGCUGUCCUCCCAUCACCACCUGGGACACCCCUUCGCCCUAACUGUGUUUGAGGAUCGCAUUUAUUGGACAGACUUAGAGGACGAAGCGAUUUACAGUGCCAACCGGCUGACGGGACAUGAUGUGGCGAAAGUGGCAGAGCACCUCAACAACCCCCUUGAUCUAGUGGUGUUUCACGAACAGAGGCAGCCCAAAGCCCCAGAUACCUGUAACAUGGGCAGCCUGCCAAACGGUGGCUGUGAGUACCUCUGUCUGAAGGCCCCCCAGAUCACAGACCACUCUCCCAAGUAUACCUGUGCCUGUCCUGACGGCAUGGAGCUGGGACCAGACAUGAGGCGCUGUGCUGUAGUCCGACCCAGAACAACCACAACAGCUGCUCCAACCACCACCACCACAACUCCAACUACAACCACUACAACAAGCGCUACAACCACUAGCACAACUGUACCUACCACCACGACUCCCCCUACUACCACCACCACCACCACCACCACCACCACCACCUCUGCUGCUACAACAUUCAGGUCCACGACCAGACGCCUGACGACACCUGCCCCUCCUCAGACUCCCAGGAGAACCUCUACGGAGCGGCCUCGGACCCCCGCUGCCACGAGUACAGAGACGACCAGUUUCAGCAGCACAAGUCAGACGUCCACAUCCACACACACACCCCUGUUGGGCCCCGUGGCCCCCAACAGCAUACAGAGAGAGAGCAACGCCAAUCUCUCCCACAGAGCUGCAAGUGAUCACUACCUCAUAGGUAACAACAUCACAGUAGCUGUUCUGGGGAUAGUCAUUCCUAUCGUGGUCAUCGGAUUGCUCUGCACCGGCGGAUACCUGGUUUGGCGCAACUGGCGGCGCAAGAACACCAAGAGCAUGAACUUCGACAACCCUGUUUACCGCAAAACCACGGAGGACGACGACGACGAAAUCCACAUCGGGCGACACAGCGAGUCCAUCGGUCACGUGUACCCAGCACGCGUGGCACUCAGUCUGGAGGAUGAUGGCUAUCCCUGAGGGGGGGGUGAUGCAGCCUGCACCCCCCACUCCCCAAUCCCAUCCUGGCCCCUCCUCUCACCACAGCCUCUACACCACUACAAUGAGGCCAGUACAACGCAGAGGAGAAAGAGAAGGAGUCCUCAUUUUGCCUCCCCUUUUUGAGGAGCAGGGAUGACAUGUACAUCUUGUAAAUCCCCCCUACCUCCCUCUCCUACUUUCUCCACUGGAGUAACAUUACUACCACUACUAGCCACUACUACUUCCCUUAGUGCUAGUUCAUUAGCAGCCUCUGCUCCACUCCUCUCCUCUCUCUGCCUCUUGUUAGCUGUAGUGGUGUGUAAAAAUGCUGCUUGAUGAUUUUGUUCAAACUAACCUCAUUUGGCUGUCUCAGUGCACAUUGUAAAUAGAAGCCACCGUACAGGGGGGGAAAAGCCAGCAUGCAUUGUUUUUAAUUCCUCAUUUUAUUUAUUUGUAUGUUUCUUUGCUGUUGUAAAUAUGUGAUCAGCAUCUCUCAGCGCACAGUGCUACAGUCAGACCGCUUCAAGUUGGCAAGGACGUACAGUAGCAGGCAAGGACGUGAUUUUUCUUCAUAGCUCCCUUUGCAUCUUGAGUUGACAUAACAGAUUUUAAAAGAGGGGGAUUGUCAUCCUUUUUCACACCCUUCGCCCCUUGACAUAUUGUAUGUAGGCAGGCAAAGCUAAAUAUAGCCAAGGGGAAAGGAGACAGAAAAAAUGAUGGGGUUGUGUGCAUGUUUGGAGGUGAUUUUGGGGUGAAAGAGUUAGGGAGGGGGCUUUUUUUUUUUGAGGGGAAUGGGAGGAUUUGUGCCACCAGAGGGUAGUGCCUCAGGGCAGAAAGCAGCAGGGCAGAAAAGGCAAAGGCUUAUGGGUAAUCCUCUCUCCUGGUAUUAGAGGUAUGCGUACAGUCGAUAAUGAACUUGGGAUUGUUUGUUCAUUCGCUGUGGGUGUUAGGACUCACACCUGUUUCUGACUUUUUGUGUUUGUGUCUGCUGCCAUUGAUAUUUUAGAGGUAAACCUUAAUUUCUAGACAGCAGACUGUCACAAAACACCUUCCUGUGACUGUUUUGACAUGUGAAAAUGGUGCUUUGAGUUUCUGAGUUCUAAGACUCUCAACCCAAACACAAAAAUCUUCUCAUCAUUCGGGUAGUAAUUCAAAAGACAGGACAUUUUGUAUGUUCUCUGAAUCUAAAUACAUUUAAUUGCAUAGUUGCAUGUGCUGUAUUGAAAUCAUGAGGAAAUGGUGUCCUAGAAAUUGAAGCAUUAGAAAGCAAGGUCAUCUAGGGUAUGAGAGAGGCUUUGAUUACGACAGUAUGAAAAUGAAGAUCCAUUUGCAACUUCAUGUAAGGCUUGUGAAGUAGAACAAAUAAAAUAAUAGGGAAGAAAACGUCAAUAUGUUGCAGCUUCUGUAAACAUAUCCUGACACAGAGUAAGGCUAGGAAAGUAGGGUGUAUAUUUUGUUUUACUGAUUAAAGGCAUACUACACAGGAUUUUCCUUAAAAAAAAAGAGUGUAAAAAAUACAUGGAGGUGUGUAGCCCCCAGCCAAUAGCAGCGCAAGGUCAGGACUCUAUAAAAACGUAGCAACCAGCCGUCUCUCUUCUCCACUCUGUGGAUGUCACCUGCAGGUCUGUGAGUCUGUUUGAUCGAGGGCAAGAUUUUGCCACACACACAAGCAUGCAGAAUUGCAGAAUGCUUCAGCAGAAUUCCCACAGUCUGGCAACGCGGCGCCUUCCUGCAGGGUUGUGCGAAGGUGUAAUUAUUUCUGCUUUAGAACAUAAGCGCUAUGAAAAAAUCAGAAAAUAGUGUUUUAUUUCUCUGAUUCACUGCUUUGUUUUCGUGUACGCCGCUCCUUCUCUUUAUUCACUCUCUGGGUUUCAUGACCAGCGCUGCUCUCUCAGUCUUGUUGAGCUGAGGAGGAGGGGCCAAGUUUGAAUCCUGCAUAGUAUGCCUUUAAAUUGAUCUAUCGAUGCAAAUUUUAUUAGCAAUAGACAACUUCAAGGUACACAUUUUUGCUGUAUUUUUGGCUCCAAAAGUCUAUAACACUACAUUUCUCUUAUAGCUAUACUAUAGCUCCCAAAACGUCACUUUUCCUUUGGUUCAACAUAACAUGGUUUCAUAACUUCACAUCAAUCCCUGUGUUUCAGUGGCUUCACAGCGCUGCUUAGUCUUUCUCAGUCUUUCAUCCCCGCCUUUUUUUAACAAUGUGGCUGUGUAUUUUCUGGAUUAGAAGCUGCAGAAAAAGAGCCCACAUUUGGAAGGAAUCACUUUCCGCUGUCACUGACUGUUGAGCGUGGUUGUUAGUGGCCCUGUUUUGUGUGAGCAGAUGAGUAAUACGUUGAGGCUGACUGAGCCGGGCGCUGAUUUGAUUUGAAAGCUGGAUAGAGAGGCAGCGUGUAAACCAGCGUAAAGAGCUGAUCUUCCAUUGGCUUGCCGCAGACAUGCUUCCAGUCCAUCAAAUCAGAUGGAAAUCAUGCUCACUGACUAUCACAAUAAUUGCUUAUAAUGUGUUUUAAUAGUGAAUUACUAUAGGCCGCUAUGACAAGUUAAACGAUCGCUGUUACAAGUAGUUAAAGAAUAACAACUUUCCUACUCUGGACGUCACUUGGUCUCAAUAAAGGGCAUCUUCUAGUUGUUAAGCACACUUAGAAUGAAUUAUACAAUGUAUGGAGGUGUUUUACAUUGUCCGAAUUCUACCUACAACACUAGUCUUCCAUUCUUAGAAUAACAAAUUUGAACAAUGUUGUGCAGCUGAGCUGAGCCGCGAGAUGAUUUUGUCCGUCGCAUCCGUAGUCUUUUUUUAUUACAAGCAAAAACAAGUAUAGAAUGCAAACAUUAAAAGUCUUCCAAUGUAGGCUCAGUACAGAAACAGCAUAUGUAUUCAUCUUAUACAAUACAGACAGUAUGUGCAUGCAAGCAAACAGUUGAUUAAUGGUAGUUAUUUUUCAUAGUUCUGACUAUUUCCUGGAAAUGUUUGCUCAGUGUAGAUGCUCGGGUAACCAAAGGGGGGGGAAGAGAGAAAGACAGAGACAAAGGUAGGCAGGAAAUGACUGCCAGGACUCAGACUAAACCGUAAGCAAACAGGUUUGUGCUCGGAAGAUGAAUAGCGGGCCAUUUAUUGUGCCGGAUUUCUGCUGAUGUUGUGUCGCACUUUCCUGACACUCAUUCCCACUCACCUCCCUCGGAAAGAUGGCACUCUCUCCGCUCAGUUUACGAUGCACAGUGGGGGAUUUGUAUGUUCUGUAUGUGACAAGUGGCAUGCUAGACAGGUAAAUUAUAGUCCUCUCCAGCACUGCACUCCCCUGCGUCUAUCUAAUGAAGGAGGAUUGAGCACAAGGGGGAGACCAUCUCCCUUCAUCUUAACUUUAGCAAAGCGAAAUAAAAUGCAUGACACUGUGAGGAAGACUGUGACUCACCUCAGCGUGAUCCAUGAUCCUGGCUUGGUAGCGUCAUUCUGUGUUUGUUUUAUGGCAGAAUAUUGAAUUGACAUAUAACAAACAGUUAAAUUGACACAACUGCAUUUUGGUAUGAACAGUGGUAAUUUUCUGAUAUUUCCAGUGAGUAUGACGGCCGUGGGAAUAUUGUCAUGAACGCUCACAACUUCAAAUGUUUAAUAAAAUCCGAUAUCUUAAGUCCUAAAGGAAAGUUGAAGAUGAUGUAAGAUACCAAGGAAGAUGAAACAGGUCAGAUAUCUUUGUGAAUUUAAGAUUAAAUAAAUCACAAACCCGCUGCUGGAUUGAACCCUGGGCUGAGCCAGCUCUGCACUCCACAUACUUUCCCUUCAGGUCCAUGUUUGCUGCAGGUCUAAUGGAGUUCCAUACAGAGGGUUCGCAGUUAGGAAAAUAAAUUGCUUAUUUAUUGAGGUGACUGAGCGUGGCAUGGUAGAAAAGUUAUUAUUGCUACAGUGCGAAGACAGAUUGGCUGGUCCACAUCGUUGGCCACCUUGAGAGCAGCCGUCUCCUCUGAAGGACGCUGGGAAAGUCCAGAGAGGGACUUUUGUCAUUCAUCAUAUAGCCAGUAGUAAUUGUAGUGGUAGGAGAGGACAUGCUUUGACAGUAUGGUGUCCAUUCAGGAGCUAAUCAGUGACCUAAUGGAAGUGAAAUCAUAGAUGUAAUAUCAUUUAGCUACAUGAACAAGCGACUGCAGUCAAAAGGAUCAAGUUGAGCACUUCUCACACUGAAUAGAGCUGUGUAUUGACAAGAAUCAGGCAAUACAAUAUGCUUUAAGAUACAGGGGUUACGACUGAAUAUAUUGUGAUACUGUAAGCAAGGUGAUAUAUUGCGAUUUGUUUUUUUAUCUAAUUUUAGGAGCUAGCGGUACAACCUUUAUGAUUGCCUGUUUCAUAGGCCCGUGUUCUUUGCGUUUAUGCUAGUGAUAGGUAAGUUGGAGCGGAUGAGUCAGAUGGCUGAAGAUAGAUUUCAACGCUGCUAUCCAUUGCCAGGAAAGAUUCAAAUUGACACAAAGUUUUUGAGAAUCGAUACAGCAUCACAAAACAUGUUAUCGCAGAACUCAAAUCUGUCAACAUUUUCUUACUCCCUAAUGCCGAAGAACAGUUAACUUUGUGUAUGUUUAUGUACAUAUAUUCCGUUAUGUAGUACCGGUAUGAUGUUGUGUAGGUGCACGUGUUUCUCACCCAAGGUCAGUUUUUGUUAAUUAAUAAUUACUUGAAGUCCUUUAGUACUUGAUGAAGGGUUGCAUAAUAUCCAGCACGCAGUUACCUAACACUCAAUCCAGAAAAUGUUGCUUGAUGUACUAUUAUAUGCGUCAGUCUUAAAUUUCAGAUGCACCCUUUUAAAUGUAAUAAGUUCUUAAUCUUUGGAUCUGGAGCUGAUUGCACCGGCAGUUUGUAAGUUCAGACUUUGCCAAGUUGAGACCUGACUCAAUACUACUUACUCUAAAACACACAUUUCUUUAUUUCUGCAUAUAUGAAUACAAACAAAGAACAAAGACUGGUGGUUAAGCUUAAUACAUCACUUGACCUCCAUUUGAGUAGUUGAAUGCUUUUGCUUGGAUACAUCAGAUAUUUAUUUGCAAAUUACUUGUCUUUACUAGCUCAAGACAUUCAUCAAAUUUUCAUGGAUAAACCCAAUUUAAUAAAUCCAGUUUGAAACUACAGUAACUGAUUGUUACUAUGAGGACCUUUACACAGAUGUUGCCAUGGAUGUACAAACAGCUGGUGCAACACAAUCCUGGCUCUAGAUAUAAACCCAUGACUGUGUAUAAAGAUGGAUGACAUGACAGCUCCCUAAAAAUGAAGUCAAAACAUCUCGAUCCUCAAUAAUAAAAACUCCUGAGGAUGGUUUCUCUCUUUUUAGGCGAGGGAUGCACAUCAUUGGUAUCAACCAAUAUUGGCUUUAAAAUGAGCAACCUUUCUUAUUUUGCACAAAGAAAUGAAAUUAAAUUUACCUGCAUUGAAA